GGCAAAGGGAAGUCAUCCCUAACAUGUUCCGUUUGCCGCGCGCCUCGAUCCACUGACCUUGGCGCUCGGCGUCUCGAUCAGGCCGUCACCAACAUGCACCAGCAGGUCUUGCAAGCGCAGCAGCAACAGCAGGAUUUACUGCGGCAGUGCCAGGAGUACGAGCAGCGCUUCCCAGAGCUUGUGGCGGCUCAGGAAGCCCCGCUUCAUGGCGCCGCAUCCCAUUGGGCGACGGGCCCGAUGCUGUCCACGCGCCAGUUCGGCGUCGACCUGGGGUCGACGAUGGCAACGACGAGAGAACGCCUCACAGGCGGGGUGCGCUCGACGCCGCGGACGAGCAUCACUGGGCCCGCCUUGCCUUUCAGGCAAACGAGCAUUUCACCAGCUCGAUGUAUGGGGGCGAGUGUUGCGCUGAGGCCGUUAUUACAGGGCGGAGCUGCCACAGCCAGUGCCCCUGGACUCCACCCGCCGCUGUGCACGGCGGCCCCGUUCUGCUCGGCUGUCUGGCAGGCCGCGGUGCCCGUCGCCUGCGUGGCCGCGCAGAACAGGGCGCUGGACCCUGUGCCCGCAGGACCAGGA